AUGGCGCCAAAAACUGUGGUCAUUAUUGGUGGUUCCUUUGGGGGUCUGAAAGUCGCCCGCGGGCUCUUGAAAGACGUGCCUGUCGCAGCGCCUCGCAUAUUAGCGAAGCCGAAAGCUUUCUCUAAGAACCAAUACCUGAUCCCCAUCAAAGACGGCUUUACUUCAUAUGGCGAAAACUUCAAACUAAUUGUCGGUACUGCGACUGAAAUCGAUGAGACAAACCGCGCAAUUACGAUCCUGAGGAGCGAUACAGACGACCGGUUUACUCUGGAAUAUGACUACCUUGUAAUUGCGUCUGGUUCAUCUACAGCAUCGGCUACUGACGGCGCUUUGGCACCGUUCAAGCGCUUCGGAUCAAGCGACCUCUCAGAGCAAAUCAGCAACAUUCAGAAAUCGAUAGCGUCAGCGAAGAGCAUCAUUAUUGGCGGUGCAGGCCCUAUUGGCAUUGAACUCGUUGGCGAGCUCACUGAAGCUCGUCGUACUGAAGCUAUCAUCACCUUGGUGUCUGCCACGAAACAACUCCUUCCUAUGCUGAAAAAGUCUUCUGGAGAUACUGCAGAGAAAAUACUUAAGCGGCGAGGCGUGCGUAUCAUCAAGGGAAGCAAAGUCACCAAUGCAGUCAAUCAAGGCUUCUCGUGGGAAGUCACUCUAUCCGAUGGCCAAAUACUAAAUGCAGACCUCUACAUUUCUGCUGUCGGCGUCACUCCUAAUAACAGCUUCAUACCCAAGGAGUUUCUCGAUAAAAAUGGAUGGGUUGAAGUUGACGAACAAUUCCAUGUCACUGGUUCAAAAAACAAGAAUAUUUACGCUAUUGGUGAUAUUACAGCCUUGCCUACUCGAACGGUCAUGAAAAUUGAUGAGCGUUUCCCCAUCUUGGUGGACAAUUUGAAGGCCGACAUUCUCAAGUCUGCGAGUAAACGACCUACGUACGUCACGUCUGCAGAGAUUGAGAAAAGUAAAGCGAUGAUGUUUGUUCCCAUUGGUGCGGGAGCUGGUACAGGUCAGAUGAUGGGAAUGACACCCUGGAGCUGGGUUGUCAAGAUGAUUAAGGGAAAAGAUUUCUUUGUGCCUAAGGCGGCCUCUUUGGCUGGUUUAGCUUGAUUAUGUUAUGUUAUUAGAUCUUUUGUCAUCGAAAGGUGGAUA